CGAGACUCGUUGGCUGUCCGUCGCUGUGUAUUUGCUGCUGGAACAACAAACUGGGACAAGGCAACAUGCUGUCCAUCUUUACACUCCGGUUCUGCACGAUUUUGUUUAUUAUCCAAUGGAGCCGAGCCGUUCCAGUUUCAGAGACGAGCGACCUGGCCGAAUUGCGGGAUAGCGUUUCCAAGCUGUGGAAAGCCCUCAGGGAAUUGGAAUCUGAAGUUCGUGAAAGUUUCGACAUUCACGCCGCUAUAGAAAAUCACGAACACCAGGUACAUCAUCUGGGUCACGAGGAUAAUGGCCACGAGAUCCACCAUUCCGAACGGCAUCUGAAGCAUCUCGAGCAAGUCCACGGGCGAACGGUAGCUGGGCCAGCCGGCAUUGAGCCCCAUAAACCACACACUCCCGACGAAAAGGAAGUCCUUCGCCACGAACACGAGUUCCAUCACGCCAACGCAAGUUUCGAAACGGAGGAAGAACACAAAGCCCAUCACGAUGAAAAGAUGUUGAAGCAUUUGGAGCUGGACCACGGCCACGGAGAGCAUAACGGCAUCCACCACGGCAAAAUGAAUAAGGAGAUUGAGCAUGAAAUUGACGUUCAUUUCAUGUUGAGGAAUCACGACGGUCACGCUGCGCAUCACAACGAAAAUCUGCUUAAACAUCUGGAAGAUGACGACGGACAUGGACCAGCAGCAGAUCGGCCCAAGCCAGUAACGACGCCCAAACCACCCAGGGGCUCCAAGACUUAUCAAGCAGUUUGCGAAAUGAAGCCGAAUAAGGCCCUGCAGAGGACUAAACACAACAUCGUUGGCAAAGUCGCUUUCACUCAGACGACGGGUGGCCCUCUAAACGUUCACGUCAAUCUAAGGGGAUUGCGUACAAACGGGAAAAGUCUGCACGGAUUGCACGUUCACGAGCUCGUCCCAGAUGAGGAUGGCAAUUGCAACCAAGCUGGAGGACACUUCAACCCAACUAGCUCUGUUCACGGAGGACCAAAGUCUCGUACAAGGCACGUUGGAGAUUUCGGGAACGUGGAAGCUAUUGAAAACCAAGGUAUUAACGCGAUGUUUACCGAUUCUCUCGCGACGCUGAUGACUGGACCUAAUUCCAUUCUACACCGAACCCUUGUGAUCAAAGAGAAGGAGGAUGAUUUGGGACAAAAUCGUGAUACAGAGAGUCUAGCCAAUGGCAAUACUGGCCGUCGUUUGGCUUGUUGCAUCAUUCGAGCUGUUUGAGGAAGAUUACUGAAUUAAGGUGAAUUACAAAUUAUUUCUACCUAAUGGGAAACGGAGAAAUUUGAGUUCACAUUCGCUACUUAAUUAGUGGCCUUUAAUGCUUCUUCACGCCAUUGCUGAUCGGCAUCUUGUCUCCUUCACAGCACCUUUAGGGUCGAAAUAUUUCUAAAAAUUUUGAGUUUAAAUACAAAGUUAAAUGUUUAA